AUGUCAUCUACAGCUCCUGAUAGUAGAGCUCCAACGGACGAUAGGCUUCUACCCAAAUGGAUUGAAAACCAACCCGAAUCAGUCCAGUCACAGCUUACAAGAAGUAGUCUCGAGGACUUUUUAGAGAAAGCUGCUCAACCGCGACAUGCCUCCGGAAAUGCGUGUAUAAAAUUGUGCCAUUUUAUUGAGCAGUGUAGAGCCUCGUCAUACUCUUCUCUCAGGGAAGCAGCAUAUUCAAAAGAAACAUGUCUAGAUCUGUUUAAUUUCUACUUGGAAUGGAACGAGAAAAAUCAACAUCGGUCAAUGCGUCAAGUUUUGGAUCUACUGACUUCUCUCCUCAAUUCUCACCCAGAUAAAUGUGUUUCAAAAUCUCUAGUAACUAUCAUUGUAGAAAGGUUGCUUUCCGUGAUCAGUCAUCAAGCUUCACAACCCUUAGUCAAGCCAGCCUUCAAAAUCUUGGAGCACUUGAUAGGAAAGGGUACAGUUAUCAUCAAUGAUCUUGCAGCAUCUCAAAAACAGUCGACACAAAAAGGGGAUCUGCCGAGCUCUACACUUGAUGGUAUAGUUUCUGAGACUUUUCAAUGGAUGAACCUCCAGGAUGUCUCGCCCUCUGCAGGAAAGUUCCUGGUAUCCCUCUUCAAAGUGUCAAAGGAGCUUGCUACUAAUGUCAAAACUGAUGAAUCCGUAGCCCACACUAGGCUGUGGCAACGUUGGAUCAGUGAUGGCCUCAGCCAGAACCCCGAUGCACUUGAGAAUAUUAAGAAUUAUCUCCUUCCACCUCUUUUCAAACUUGACCGCGUUGGCUCUCUAGCCUUUUUACAAGAUCUCAAUCAGAAGGGACCUUUAGAAAUGCAGGGACAAAAUAUGGAAUCUGAAUCGUUAGCUCAUUUGUCUGCAAUAGAAGUUGGGAAGAAAGCUGGUUUGGUCGAGGAUUCCAAUGUCACCUCGUUUUUGAAGCCUCCAAAGAAGAAUCCAGGCUGUAUUAUUUUACACGAAGAUACCAUCGGCCCAUUAUUGACCCAUCCUUCCGAUACUGUUAGAUCAUUGGCUUUUUCAGUCUUAGUGUCAUCUGCCUCGUCAAUUAGGCCAUUCAGCCCCGCUGCGCUCGCUUUCCUACAAGAUAACAUGGCUCAUCUUUACGCUGACACUGAUGCCAAAUUUCGUAAUGAUGUCCUAAGCAACACCAAGCACAUGAUAGAACGUAUCAAAGGUGCAACAGCGUACCUGGUUAGGGAAAUUGACCGCAUGAUUAUUCAAGACCGUCAGAGUGAUCGUUCAGAUGCCCAAAAUUUACUUCAAAAUCAUGAAAACUUCCUUGUGUGGUUUUUGGAAUUCUUGCAAGGGGAGCUCGUGCCCACAGCAUCUUAUCAACGGCAUAUCACAUCGUUGAGAGCAAUCUCCUUGCUGCUACGUUCAGGCAUAGAGGAGUAUUCAUCCGAAGAACAAAAGUCAACAUCUACGCCUGAUGCUACUGUUUGGGCUCAUAAGUUGGCCGUGUUCAACCUAGAGUCGAUGCGACUCAUUCUCGAUCUUCUCAUGGACCCAUUUGAAGACGUCAGAGGCGGAGCCACGGCAAUAUUGAAAUUGGCUAGUCCCCAUAAUUUCCGAUCCUCGGAGUCUCAAUCUCCAACAGACUUUGACGUGUUAAUGGACUUUAUUAGUCGUGCAGAGGAUUUUGCAAAGCGUACAGGUCGAGCGGAUUAUGCUGAUGGAGUCGCACGGUCAUACCAAAUUCUUUAUGGUCUCUCGGACGAAAAGGGCCGUCUGGUUCUCGUCGAAGGUCUCGUAGUCGGAUUAGAGAGAAAGGUUGCAGUCGCCCAGAAAGAUUUGGGUCAAGCUGUUCUUAUUGCUCCGAUCCACAGUGACUUUUCAACAAUAAGUUACAUUUGGGAAGAGAUUGAAUUCUCACGAGAUGACUCCGCGGAUGAGGAGUUCGCUAGAAUCCGAAAGGAGUGGGAAGUCUUGCAAAGCCGUAUAAUUGCAGGUUGUUCCAGCAUAUGGGAUGCUGUAAAGGACAUCCUAUGUAACGAUUCACCAGAAGGCCAUAUCCCCGAAGACGUUGAUGAUAUCGAGUCUAUUGAUACCAAGGAUGUGUUGAGUUACAGCUUCAGGGCGAUUCAUGAAUCGAGUAAUCUGAUCAGGACUGUUGUGACAAAAGCAAAGGAUCGCUAUUAUGAUGGAUCUUUAGGUGCUCUGCAAUGCAUUUUUGAGCAAGCUUCUACAACACGAAGAUCCGCAGGAAUCCCGGCACUCGUUACUGGCAUAUUAUCCGCAAAUGCUAGAAGUCCAGCUUUCGAAGAUGUAAUGACGGAGUUGAAGUCUUUAGCCAGACGUCCCGUUGCAUUGUCUAAGACAGAUGAGACAAAUCUACCUCAGGUUCAUGCAAUGAAUUGCGUAAAGGAGAUAUUCAAAAGUUCUACGCUGGGGAAAAGAUCAGAUAAGCACAUCCCCGAUUGCUUACAACUUGCUGCAGAUAGCUUAACUUCUGAUAUUUGGGCGAUUCGGAAUUGCGGGUUAUUGCUGUUAAGAAGUCUUAUCGACUGCCUAUUUGGUACAAAUGAAAACAAAGCUUCUAUUGAGGCUGGCUGGGAUGGUCGUUCUACGAAACUGUCAUACGAAAAGUAUCCAAAUCUUCCAGAGAUUUUGCUGAAGCUCUUGAACAAGGAGACUAUAAACACAGAGGAUACUAAUGCCCCAGCAAUCGGCGCUAUCGAAUCCGUAUUUCCGUCUUUGGAUAUUAUCCGUCGUGCUGGUCCUCCAGUCAUACUAUGUAACGAAAUCAAGGAAAGAGUUUCUGUACAUUUGGGUAGCAAAUUUUGGCACACCAGAGAGCUAGCUGCUCGUACUAUGUGUACCUUUAUGCUUCAUGAUAGGUGGUUACUUGACUUAGAGAACCUGCUCAAAAUAGCUAACCUAUCUACUAAUUACACCCAUGGAGUUUUGUUGACAGUCAAUUCUGUGCUGGAACGCCGCCUUGCAGUAUUCUCAAGCCCUCCUAAUGUCGAAGAUCUCAUCACUCUAAAAGAUAAAAUUGAGGCAUUGGACCACAUGGGCAAAUGCCCGGACGUUUUGGCGACUUAUGUUGAUUUCAAAAACCUCAUUUACCAAAUCCUGCUGGAUGCAUCUUCUUCUUCCUCUUCUCUAAGCAAGGUUAACAGGGAGAACGUCAUUGGCAACUACGACGCGUAUAACUUUUUACUGGAUGAGAAUGGACAAAGCUACUCGAAAGUGAGUGUCGAUGUAUCUCGCGAGAAAUCCCGCAUUGGUGGCGCUUUAUUACAUCAAGCAACUGCAAGGGAAGCUGUAUAUAUUUCUGGCCUGACCGAAGAUAUUCAAGCCCUCAAAAAAGUCUUGAAUCAUUAUUGCGACAUAGAUGUCGACACAGCUAAUCCGUCUUUGGAAUGCGUACUGCAAGCAUGGAGGAAUCACAGUAUGAUCGUGUUGGAGGCUCUCUUAGACGCAGUAAUCGUAAGCCCAGCAGACUUGGAAAAAAGUGGACCUAGCGCAUACGACCAGUACUCCAAAAUGCUCAAUAGUAUCAAGCAAUGUGAUAUGGAUCAAUACCUACUGGAUAUUGGGGAAAUUGCUCAUUUCAUGGGUUCAGAAACUGGGAAGUCUGGUCCGCAUCUAGCUCAUGCAUUGAUGAGAACAAGCGGCACCUUUAUGCUUUUCAAUUGGCUGAAAUCGAAAGGAGACGACAGCACUCAGAUAAAUUUCAUGGCAAGAGCAGAGCAAUGGAAUGAGGCUGGUAAAUCAUACAACGACUUUGACACACGUUUUGCUGCCGCGAAGGGACUUUCUUACUUCUUUGCAUGCCUACCUGGCGAAUUUAAAUGGAGUUCCGAAGUACUUCCAUGUCUUAUUACCCUAUAUGAUACCCUCAAUGACGAUGACGAUGAAGUUCGUGAACUUGGAGCAGAGAUCGUCUCUUCCAUUUUGGGCAAACCUUUGAUCCCAUUGGCUGCGUGUGAGGAAUUCGCCGAAUGGCUGAGACUUCAAUAUCCUCAAGAUCAAAUGUUUAGCUGGAAUAUCAUUUGCCGGAUUACAGGGGGUGAUGAGUUCAUAUUCCACGGAGCCUAUGCGGGGCUAUGUUCGCCUGAAGAUCAGCUUUCAGCAGCAAUGAAGCAAGACGAUGCUCUUUUUGUUGAAGAAGAACAAAAUCUGUUCAUUGAUGAAGUCAGAGAAGCUAAGCUGUGGAGUAGCAUUCUUUCAAAAGAUUUUAAAAUGCUCGAAAACAAUAAGUCUGCGGAGUAUCUUUGGCAACAAUACAGUUACCUUGCCCAAUGGGUUCUGGAUGCUCUACGGAGGCUGAACGUACUUAUGGAAAAGAGUGACGGUCCUCUUGGAUGGACAUCAAAGCCAACUAUGUUUGCGUCUUGCAUAAGAAUUCUUUUAGGAGCAAAUGCUCUAGUCGAAAGCAGACACGCUCUACCGGAAGGUAUCUCACGAAUUAUUCGCCAAAAAGAGAUCGCCGACGAAUUGGAUAUUUUCAAAGAUCUGGGCGAGAAGAAUGAUAUUCACCCAUCUUUGCUCUCCAAAGUUAGGAAGAGUGAAACUUCACUCCUCAACCGAAGUUAA